AUGCACGCUGGAUUUAUCUUGCUUCUCAGUGCCGUAUGUUGCUCUUCUACCAUUCUCUGGGAUGGCAGAUUCAAUAAUUACUCAACGGCUGCUGACUUCAACAAGUGGAGCUGGAGCAAUCAAGUAGGCCAAUAUCAAACCUAUAUCUACGGUAAUCUCAAAGGAGAGACUGCUUCGUCUUGGCUUGAGCUAGGAUCCACCUACAUGAAUCCUGCUACUACUGGGGAGAAGCAAGGGGUCAAAGUGAAACUGACCGCUUCGUCUCUCUGGAACAGCGGUCCAAUGCUCAGAACGGAACUCCUUCCUCAAACCUCUAACUCGCUGAGAGGAAACCUAUACUUUCACGUGUCGCUGCAGAUUCCAGUCACAAAUUCGCCCAAUCCGGCUUACGAACAUCAGAUCGUGUUUUGGGAAGGCCACUACGCCGACAUUAAAUAUGGUCAACUUUCUGGGCAGAACGGCGUAGCGGAUACCCUUCAAGUCAUCACUGGCGGGAAAUCCAUUUGGUCUGUGACUCCGGUGAAAGGAACAUGGUACAAUUUUAUCCUGGGUACAGGAAGUCCCGGAGGGCUGUGGGUUUCGACAGGAAGCAAUAACCUUCAAAAGGUUUACAGCGGGUCGCUGAAUGGAAAUGGUGGGACUGAUUGGCACAUAGGAGCCUUGAGGCUCCCUCUGGGCGGCACUACUCAAGCUAUAACCGAAGAGGACUUCUACUACAGCGGUAUAUAUGUGGAGGAUUCCGGACCUACUACAUACGUCUAA